AUGCGCUUUGCGAUAAUUGCUUUUAUUUGGCUUGCGAUUUGUUUUCAAUUUUUGAAUCAUUGUGGUUGUAAGAUGGCAGAAGGUGCAGGGAAGGGAGAAAAUCCUGAAAGUAGGAAAGAACUACAGGUUCUCAUUGAUCAAAUCAACUCAGAACCACAUUACAGAGUGAUUCCGAAAGAUGAGUAUGAGAUGUUAGCUAAGAACAGUCACAUGUCGACUAAGCCUCCCAUAACAAGUACCCCUAGGGCUCCCUUUGCUCAUUUAGGUAUUGGUGCUAAGCCUAAAUUUUCACCUAGAGUAUCCUUACCAACCCCUGGGUUACUUAAUACAUCUGCUCUAUAUCAGAACCCCAAUUCAAACCCUGUGAAUCUCUCUACAUACAAGAACCCCAACCCAACCCCUGUAAAACUCCCUACAUUUAGUGGAGAACAAAUUCAAAAGGGUGAAGUAAGUUUUGACGUGUGGUCAUAUGAAGUUAGAUGUUUAAAAACUCAGUAUCCUGAAAGUGUUAUUUUACAGUCUGUUAGAAGCUCUUUGAAAGGUACUGCCAGGGAGAUGCUGAUUCCUCUCGGAGAAACAGCGACAGUUGACAUCAUUCUUCAGAAACUGGAUGACUUUUACGGAAACGUCUACACUGCAGAAAACAUUAUGCAGAGUUUCUACAGUGAUUACCAAAGAGAAGGUGAGAGUAUUGUUACUUUUGGGUCAAGAUUAGAACAAACAGUUUCUAGAGCAAUUAGAUUUGGACACAUUGAUGAGGUUGCAAAGGAGGCAAUGUUACGAUCAAAGUUUUGGUCAGGAUUAAGAAAUCAUGAGUUAAGAAAUGCAACACGAAACAAAUAUGAAACUGUGAAAGAUUUUCAUUCUCUUUUAAGAGAAAUUAGACAGAUUGAACAUGAAGAGAAAAACUUGAAAAUAGAAACCACAAAGCCUGUUCAGAGCAAUACUGUGUGUACUGAAAUUGAAGAUCAUGUGUCAAACUUUGAUUUGAAAGAGCAACUUACUGAAUUACUUGGUCAGAUGAAAAAACUUGAUGCACGAAUGAGUAGGUUGGAACAAGAUCAUGAGAAUUUAUAUAAAGCUAAUAGAGAUUCUUUUCAGACACAAACUCAGAAUUCCUUUAGUGGAAAUAGGGGCAAUUCCUAUGGCUACAGGAAAAGUGACCAGCGUUUUUGA